AUGUUUUUGCUGCCACUUUUAUUCUCUUCUUUGUUGACGGAUAUAGAUCAGCCUCAGAGGCUGAUAGAUAACAGUUUGGAGGAUCCCUUGUUUCCUGAAAUAAACGGCUUAUAUCCAUUGUCACCUUUUGCCAAUGCUCUGCUUAACCGACCAUGGUUUGAAUUUUUGAAACAGGAUAAACGUACCUCCAGCGUAACCACUGAUGAACAUAACUUCAAGGUCGUCUUGGAUGUAAAAGAAUUUAAACCUAACGAAAUCAAAGUCAAAAUCGCUGAUGGAUACAUCAUCGUUGAGGGUCAGCACGAAGAAAGAAAGGACAAAGAUGGUUUCGUCUCUAGACAAUUUGUUCGUAAAUAUUUGUUACCAUAUCAAGCAGAGACCAAUAAAAUUACUUCCAAGAUAUCACCUGAUGGAAUAUUAACCAUCAUAGCACCUUUAAAUAAGAAUCUGGAAAAACCAACUGAAAAAACAAUUAAAAUUGAACUUAGUGACGAACCAGCUGUUACACGGAAAGAUAACGAUAAAAAAGUAACAGGAAAUAGUAAUCACAAAGAAGCUACGACUCCAAAGGGUACAAUCCAUGCAUCAAAUACCACACUAAAGGGUGCAAUCCAUGCGUCAAGCACUACUCCAAAGAGUACAAUCCAUGCGUCAAGCUCUACUCCAAAGGAUACAAUCCAUUCAUCAAGCACUACUCCAAAGGAUACAAUCCAUGCGACAAGCAACACUCCAAAGCAAUAAGAUUUUCCUAACAGCUUGUAAAGAUUUUGUGCCAUUUCUCUUAAAAAAUUGAAUCUGUUUCAAAUUCCGUCCUAUCUUCCAUUGUAUUUAUGAGCACUGCAAAUUUUAGAUAAAUACUAUUAAUAAAAGAAAUUAAUUUAUU